AUGGCCGGGGACAAGACGCUCCGCAUCUUCUGCUUCGGCGACUCGCUGACGGCCGGGUACACCUACUCCGGCGCCGCCUACCACCCGUACACCAUCGCCCUCACGGAGAAGCUGUCCAAGGACCUGUCCGACACGCAGGUCGUCGCCGUCGAGAACGGCAUGCCGGGGGACGUCGUCACCCAGGGCGCGUUCGCGCAGAGGUUCGAGAGUGAGGUAAACCAACCCGAAAGCCGUGACUCGGAGGGCCUCGAAAACCCGACGACGUAUGACUGGGUCAUCAUCCUUGGCGGCACGAACGAUCUGGCACUAGGCGUCACGCCGGAGAGGAUAUUCGAAUGCCUCAAGGCCGCGUGGGACUCCGCCCUCGCCAAGGGGGCCAAGGUCCUCGCGCUGACGGUCCCCGAGUGCGCCUACAAGAACAGAGUGCUCGACGCCGCCCGGCGACGGCUCAACACCGCCAUCCUCUCACAUCAAGCGCCGAAUUACCACGCCCUCGACCUCAACUCCAGAACCCCCUACCACGACCUCACGGACAGGGAGCGCAAGAGGUACUGGGACGACGGCGUGCACCUCACGCCGGACGGCUACGACUGGAUGGGCGGCCACAUCGCCGACGCCCUGGGCAACUUCAUCGAGCUGGAGAGGGACCCGACCUCGCGCAGGUCGCAGCGCGCAAAGAGGUACAAGGAGGAGGACAUCGUCUCCUAUGACGAGGAGACGGGCGACCCGCGGUCACUGAGCGAGGGGUACGUGGUCGUCAGGAUGAGAGACUUGGAUUAG